UGGGCAUCUAGGUGAGGUCACCAAACUGAACGUUAAUUGGUCAAUUGAGGUUUGAGAUAGAUUUCUUAUCAGCAAGGCCCAUUUCAAGACACCCUGAGGGCAAGCUACCGUACUCAUGUUUCGUAACCUGACUCAAUAUUGACGCAACACAAAACAUGAAUAAUUACAUUGCCAGCAAACUCUCGCUUGAGUAAAGCAAGAUUCAAUCACAAACUACUGAAAUUCGUCUUCUUGGAGAUUUCGAAUUCACCCGGUCGAGGAAUUUGCUUGAUAUCUUCCCUUGGAACUUCACACUUGAACGAAGACUGACGCCGGGAUCAGGAUAUUACCAGCAUGGUGAAUGCAGACGCUAUGGACUUGUUUCACGGACAAAUGCUACGGAAGAAGAUGAAGAAAAACACAUGGAAAGAAUACUGGGUGGAGUUGCGAGAAGACAGUCUUGUGUUUAUUAAUGAGAACGAGCGGAAAAUUGCUGGAGUCAUUACACUGACAGAGAGGACGACAUGUGAGGUUUUGGGGAGAAAAGCGUCAUCUUCACAAUUUAGCGCAACUGACCGACAGUCAAAACAGAUAUCUGAUCGCAAACAACAAAGCCGUGAUGGAACUUGUAAAUUUAAGCUUCGCGCAAAAAGAGGUGUACAUCUUUUGAAAACAGACUGUAAAUCAAGUUGUGAAAAGUGGAUUGAAGCUAUUUCGCGUGUAGUACAAAAUAUGUGGGACAAUUCCGCAAAUAGCGCGCCUUCGACGAGGAUCAAAAAGCAUGGCUUCAAGAACGGAAAACCCAGGGACGGCAAAGACACUAUAGCGAAUAGUUUUUCGUAUUCUAGUUUAUCUGAAGAAGAUGACGAUGUGGGUGAACAAGAAAGAAACCGUGGGAAGGCAACUGGAGCUCAACAUGCAAUAUUAAGGGGGUUAAUGUCUACCAAGGGCAGGCUUGAAAAGUGGAUUAUUAAUUUUCCAAGUCAUGUCGUUUUUAGAGGCAAAUCCGCAAACUAUGGCGUUUUGGUUGAAGACACAAUAGACCAAUAAACUUUACCGCAAAUGUUAUCGAAAAUGAUAAUGAACCUAUAAAGAAUGCAAAGUAAAAUUUCAGUUGUUUUACAUGUUACUUUAAUUACAACUUCCGGGCCAAUAUCGUAAGUAUAUUUGAAAAAUCACUCAUAUUUCACGCCAAUUGGCCUGUGUUCCUAGUGGCUAAAUUUACUUUCAGAAAAGGAAGGAUUUUAAAUUCUUCUUUUUAUUUUUUUAUUUUCCCGUUGAACACAAUUGGAUAAAUAAAAUCGUGGCAUGUUUGUCGCUGUGAGCAUGAAAUAAUUUUAGCAUAAUGUUAUUGUUUUGAACAGGUAGAUAGUUUUAUGGUAAUUACCUAUGCUUGAUUGGUCAUCUUAUAUUUAACAUAUUUGCUUGGAGGCAAAACAACAGGUGAUCAAAAACAUGGAGUUUACCGAGCCAAAAAUGUAUAGCGUUUAUUAAACUGAAAAUUUUGUCCGAAACAAUCUUUAUUUCCUGACAUUUCCGAAAUAGAUUAAAUUUCCUUCGAAGGUAAUUUAAAACUGGUUCUUCUCUUUGAAGUGUAUUAUCUAUUAUCGAUUAUAUUUGACACAGAAUGACAAUAAAGAAUGUCUCAUUACAUCAACUGACA